AUGGAACUGCUGCAUGAGAUCAUCUGGAGUCUUAGACCGACGUGCAAGUACUCAUACGCCAGCCAGCUCUGCUCCCUCUCCUCCAAGGACCCGCUUCCGGAUCCCAGCGACGGAUUGGAGGAGCGCCAGCAAGCGGAGCUGUGGUCAAGGAAAGAGGGAGAUGCUCCUGGCGGCCGAUCCACCUGCUCUACCGUGGGCCACUACUUCGACAGGUGGAAGGACUACCUCAACCUCUCGGGGGUCAUCCAGGAGAUCAUCCAGGAGAAGAAGGAGCGAGCCCUCUCUCCAGCCUGGGACGCCCCGAACAGUGGCAGCCCGUCCCAGACCGCUGCCCAGGUGGGUGGCGGGACCUGCAACUUCUGCAAGCACAACGGCGAGUCCAGGAACGUCUACGCGUCCCACGUGCUGAAGGGCGCCGACGGGGUGGUCCUCUGUCCCAUCCUGCGGAACUAUGUCUGCCCCCUUUGCGGCGCCACGAUGGACACGGCGCACACGCUGAAGUACUGCCCGCUCAACCGGGGGAGGCAGUCGCUCUACCGCAAGUGCGGGCGCAACUCCGCCGGGCGCCGGGUCAAGAGAUGA